CAAGCACAUGUGUAUGUUGUGGAGGGAAUUUUUGAUCAAAAAUGCUAUAGGUACCCUAAUCCUAUCCCAAUUUGUACCCUAUAUAAAAGCCUUCAUAUUUUUACCAUUUUUUACCUCUCCAAACAUCUCUCGUUCCACACCCUCUCUUUGUUUCUCCCAUCCGUCCCUUGCUAUUCUCUCACCUCAUUCUCAUAUUUUUUUCUCUUUUCAUUUCAAGAGCUCUCAUCUCCAUUUUUGAAAGUUUCAAGACCUCCCCAUCUAGUUUUCUCUAAGGUAACCAUCCCUUCUCAAAUCAUGAGGUGACAAUCUACCCAAGAUUUUGAGUCCCUUCCAUCAUUCACACAGACCUUCUAACUCAACAUUUAAGCAUCAUUUUAAGAAAUGGAUGCACAGAUUUGCAUUUCCACCAUCACAUGCAUCCUCUGGCUACAAUCAAGGAAGACAUGAAUUUAACAAGUUUGCUCCUGAGCCUAGCUGGCAAGGUUAACCAUUUACUCACUCUCUUGUUAAAACAACUGUACAUCAAUUAAAAACACUUUGUACACACAAUUUCUUUAUAUUAAAUUAAUAAAGUAAAACAUAGUGAAAUGUGUAAGUUACACUCUCCAUGAGCACAAUAUCCAAGCAAAUUCACCAUAUUUCUGUGUUGGUCACAAGCCAAUACUUUGGCCUCCAUCUGAAACUCUUUUUUUCCUGUUGUGAGCUCUGUGAGUCUGUGACAGCUUCUUCACAGCUACUUCUUCGUAGAAGAUAAGGCAUAUUGCGUUUUUCAGGAACUUGGAGAACUUUUAUGAACCAAUCCCUAAACC